CGACGCCAUUUAUAUAAAUAGUAAGUAAUGAUUCAUUAUUCUAAAUUUAGAUAAGUGCAGAAAGUAAUAGUAAUUUAAACAUUCAAGAUGUCUCAUGAUGUAUUUAUGCACCGCGAAGAAAGCCGGCGGGAGGUCGUGCCAGCGAUGCGCGACGAGCGCGACAUCGGUCGGCCCGUCGCGCUCCCGCCCAAAAAUGGUCAAUUUGCAAAUAAAAAUGCCCGCCUCAGGAGCUUCGAAGGCUGGCCGCAAAACAUGCGCCAGACGCCGGAGGAGCUUGCUGAGGCAGGCUUUUUUUAUACGGGAAAGGAGGACGCAGUUCUAUGCUUCCACUGUGAUGGGGGCUUAAAAGGGUGGAAGAGGGGGGACCAACCCUGGGCCCAACAUGCCCAGUGGUUUGAUCGGUGCCCAUUUUUGGCCCAGGCAAAGGGCAAAAUUUACAUCAAAAAGAUGUGGAAGGAAGCUCGCGGCAUUCCCACGAACGCCCGUUGUGUCUAUGUCGCGAGUUUCUGGGAGGACAACUUGCUACCACAGGUGCAUUCGGGUACCAACCAUGAGUGGAUUUACAACAUGUUGGACCUGAGAUUAUUUCCCCCAGAAUAAUUCUUUAUUCCAUGGGAAAUUAAUCAGGUCCAUCAUAUUAUAGAUCCACUCAUGGUAUUAAAAACCUUCUAGUGUUGUAGACCAAUAACUAAAGAUAAAUUAGAGUGAUUUAAAAACUCAAUUACUUCUAAAAAUAAAAGUUUGCAUUUGAAAACAGUCAUCCAGACAUGCUUUUUGAUGCACCUUUUGAAAACAAUAGAUAGAGUUCUUUAGUUUUUGUAUACAGUUUUUAAAAUAUUUAAAAUCAACAUAAUUAUUAAAAUUUUGACAUCCUCAAAUACAAGCUUUUCAUAAUUUCAAAUUACCUAUAAAAAAACUUGUGUUCAUGUGUAUAAAAAACCUUCUAGUGUUCUAGACCAAUAACUAAAGGUAAAUUAGAGCGAUUUAAGAACACAAUUAGUUCUAAAACUACAAUUUUUGCAUUUGAAAACAGUCAUCCAGACAUUGCUUUUCGGUACACCUUUUAGAACAAUACAUAACAUUCUUUAGUUUUUGUAUACAAUUUUUAAAAUAUUUAAAAUCAUAAGAUAUAAUUAUUGAAAUUAUCCAAUUUUCAAUAUUACCCGAAUGCACCUUAUGGUACGAGUAUGUUGUAACAUGUUUUGAUGUAAAUUUUGUCCUGUCCCUCCUCCUCCAUCCUUUAAACCUUCUAGUGUUCUAGACCAAUAACUAAAGGUAAAAAGAGUGAUUUAAAAACUCAAUUACUUCUAAAACUACAAGUCUAGCAUUUGAAAACAGUCAUCCAGACAUGCUUUUUAGUACACCUUUCAAAACAAUAGAGUUCUUUCUCGCUAUCAAACAAGUGAAACUGCAUAAUUGUGCACUGGCAUCAGUUCACAUUUUUAGUUCUAGUGGUCUAGACGGUAUCUGAACUUUUUAUUAAAUAAACAACUAAGAAGUUCAAAUAAAUCUAAAUUGUAUGUACCAAACUUCAUAAAUGGGUAUGGUAAGCGAAGGCUCGAAUAUAUUGUUCCAACAUUGUUUGUUAAUAAUGUUCUGUUUGUUCCUAAAUAUUGUAUUUAUUGUAUGCAAUAAUAACCAGUGCACAGUAAAACUAACUGUGUUUGUGUUGCACUAUGGUUAGGCUUAAUUUCAAUGUGUUGUUUGUUGAAAAAUAAAUAAUAAUAAUAACAACCUUUAACGAUUUUCCGGAUACGGUAAAGAAUCUUCUAAAAGAUACUAAUAUACUCACGAACGUCAUAAGCGGAAACUAAAGAAUUACUUUUUGGGACAGCCUGUGUAGCGUCGCAGCAGCGGUUUACUCACACUUUUACAAUAUUUAUUUAACUACCCGAUAAUGAUUUUUGUUUGUUAAUUAUUUUAGUUCUUAAAUAUUGUAUUAUGUAAUAAUAACCAGUGCACAGUAAAACCAACUGUGGUUUGUGUUGCAAUAUGGUUAGGCUUAAUCUAAAUGUGUUUUUUUGUAGAAUAAUAAAUAAAUAAAUAAAUAAAAAUAAUAUUAUAUCUAUUUUGUUUGUUAUUGUGGUAGUAACAAACUGCAGCUGAUGAUUUGUUCUCACUUGUAAUUUAUUUAAAAAAAAAGUAUAUUUUCACUACUCUUGCUCAAAAACACUGUCAUAUUACCACUCCACAGCGGGGCUAAAAAUACUCAUUAUUCAUCUUUACAAUAGUCGGAAAUUAUGUUACUGGGUAAAAGCAUCUCCCUUAUCCAAAAUUCCAGACUUUGUACAUUUAAUUUUCAAUUAAAAUAAAUCAUUGAAUAUUGUACUAAACUAUUUUAUUUUCUCGCAAUCGUAGUGAAAAGCAGAGUGUAACACGUGGGGCUAAACCCAUUAUAAACUCGGUUACUCGCCUUACGUCUCGGGCCCUAAAAAUACCUUGUAUAUAAUGGGUCUUUUUAGCCCCUUGUAUAACAAUCUACUAUUUUUAAUCAUUGUAAAAUAUUUUUGUAAUAUAUAUGUUUCCUCUAGUAAA